AUGUCUUCCGAGGAGGCCGCCGCCGAGACCAAGCCCGAGGCUGAGACCAAGCCCACCGAAGACGUGAAGACUUCGGAGGACGUGGACAAGGCCGCGGAGGCGCUCGAGAAGGUCGGCGUCGCCGAGAAUGAGGAUGUCGAGAAGCCCGACGUGCCCGACACCGCCCUCGGCAAGUCCGAAGUGCUCGUGGAGCAGGAGGAGACCGUGGUUGAGAAGAAAGUUGUGGACGACACCCCUUACGCCUCGGCCAAGUCCUUCGAGGAGCUCGGCCUGAGCGCCGAGCUGCUGCAGGGCCUGUACAGCGAGAUGAAGUUCGAGCGGCCGUCGAAGAUCCAGGGAGAGACCCUUCCGAUGAUCCUCCAGCCCCCGCAUCGCAACCUCAUCGCGCAGGCGCACAACGGAUCGGGCAAGACCACCUGCUUCACGCUGGGGAUGCUGUCGCGCGUGGACGUGUCCAACCCCGCGCCGCAGGCGCUGUGCAUAUGCCCCACCCGCGAGCUGGCCAUCCAGAACGUCAUGGUCAUGGAGAAGAUGGGCAAAUACGCCAAGAUCACCAUCGCGUACACCGCGGACGCCAGGUGGGUGGGCGCGAGCAGGAGGGAGAAGAUUGUGGACCAGGUGGUGAUCGGGACGCCGGGCAAGAUGCUGGGGUGGAUGCGGGAGAAGCAGCUGGACUGCAAGGGCGUCAAGAUCUUGGUCUUCGACGAGGCGGAUCAGAUGAUGGACACGGACGGGCACAGGGUGGACUCGCUCAAGAUCAUGAAGCACCUCAAGAGCAGCACCAAGCAGAUGCCGCAGGUUCUGCUCUUCUCCGCGACGUUCAACGAGCGCGUCAAGGACUUCAGCACCAAGGUGGUGCCAAACGCGAACCAGAUCUUCCUCCCGGCGCACGAACUGUCCCUGGAUGUGAUCAAGCAGCACAGGGUGUACGUCAACAGCACCGAGGCGAAGGAGAUCUUGCUCAAGGAGAAGAUCUUCCCGUGCUGCGACAAAAUCGGCCAGACCAUCAUCUUCGUGCGAACGCGCGAGGGGUGCAAGCGCCUGAUGCGCACCAUGAACGAGGCCGGGUACAAGUGCACCGCGAUCGAGGGCGGCAUGGAGCACAGCGAGCGCGACCGCGUCGUGAAGGAGUUCCGCGACGGCCUCACCAAGAUUCUCAUCUCCACCGACGUCCUCUCCCGCGGCUUGGACGUCUCCACCGUGACGCUCGUCAUCAACUACGACAUGCCCGUGGAGCACAGCAACCCGCGGGCGCCCAACUACGAGACCUAUCUCCACCGCAUCGGUAGGUCCGGCAGGUUCGGCAAGAAGGGCGCCGCGUUCAACCUCCUGUUGGGACCGGACGAGCGGGCCGUCAUGGACAAGAUCGCGGAGCACUUCGACCACCCGGUGCCCGAGGUGGAGUUCAACGACGACGACGCUUUCGAGCACGUCCUGGAGGAGGCCGGCCUCAUGAGCAAGGAGGAGUAAAUACGCUUAAGGGAUUAGGUUCAGCCGCCGAAAAACAUUUAAUAAAACAUUCAUCAUCGU